UCCUAUGUACCCAAAUCAAGUAGAGMCACCUAGCGGUGAGUCUGUGCAGACGGGGACAAGCACAAUGGCAGCAGCUGCAUCACGCAGUUAAUCAAGUUGAUAUCAGUCCGUUCUGAGAAGUAAACUAUUGGAAGAGGCCUGCAAACGAUUCUCAGGUGACUUGGACGAAAGUGCGCUGUGCCAUGGCGUCAGUGCGUGUGGCUGUCCGUGUACGACCCUUGAUCAAAAGAGAAAAGGAAGUGUCUGCGAAGGUCAUUAUCCACAUGGAGGGGAGCACCACUUCUAUAGAUUGCAACAAAAAGCACCUUUCCAAAGGCACCCCUGGCACUGGCCUGAAGGAAAGAGGCAGACAGUCAUUCUCCUAUGAUUUCUCCUAUGAUUCUACCGAUGUCGGAAGCCCCAACUUUGUGCCUCAGGAGAAGGUGUUUAAAGACUUGGGCUGUGAUGUCCUGGAGGCAGCGUUUGAUGGUUAUAACGCCUGUGUGUUCGCCUAUGGACAAACGGGAUCAGGGAAGUCUCAUACCAUGAUGGGAAGCCCAGGAGAUAUAGGUCUGAUUCCACGGAUCUGUGAAGGCCUGUUCUGUCAGAUAUCAGAGGAGAGCCAGGGGGAUGGGGCCUCCUUCCGCACAGAGGUCAGUUACCUGGAGAUCUAUAACGAGCGUGUGCAGGAUCUUCUCACGACUAAGAAGAGCCCAGAGAACGGGUCAGGACUCAAGGUCAGAGAACACCCCAAGGAUGGGCCGUAUGUGGAGGACCUGUCGAAGCACCUGGUUCAGAACUACAGGGAUAUAGAGAAGCUGUUGCAUGCUGGGAAAGCCAAACGCACCACGUCGAGCACGGGCAUGAAUGAUGUUAGCAGCCGCUCGCACGCCAUCUUCACCAUCAACUUCACACAGGCUCGUUUUGAUGCAGAGCUGCCAUGUGAGAUGGUGAGUAAGAUCCACCUGGUAGAUUUGGCGGGCAGUGAAAGGGCUGACGCAACGUGCGCCACAGGUGCCAGGCUGAAGGAAGGAGCCAACAUCAACAAGUCCCUGGUCACACUGGGCAUUGUCAUCUCUGCUCUUGGAGGAGAUGGAGGGGGCUCCCACAAGGGAAAAAGGAAGAAGCAGCACUUCAUCCCCUACAGAGAUUCUGUUCUGACCUGGCUCCUGAAAGACAGCCUAGGAGGAAACUCCAAGACCAUCAUGAUAGCAACUCUUUCUCCCGCUGACGUGAACUACAGUGAGACACUGAGCACGCUGCACUACGCUAACCGAGCUAAGAACAUCGUCAACAAGCCCACAGUCAACGAGGACAGCAGUGUUACAGUCAUCAGAAAACUGCAGGAGGAGAUUGUCAGACUGAAAGGUCUAGUGGAGAAGAACAACCAGGCUCGCCUUUCUCCUCAGGAUCUCUCCAAGACACUGAAGGUGGAGGAGAAACUUCACAAGAAUGAGGUCAAAGUGUUAGAACUGACCAGGGAGUGGACCAACAAGUGGGGGGAGACCCAGAACAUUCUCAAGGAGGAGACUGUAGCUCUGAGGAAGCAGGGUAUAGGCGUGGUCAUGGACUCCAAACUACCUCACCUAAUCGGCAUCAAUGAUGAUCUUCUCAGCACUGGCAUCAUUCUCUAUCAUUUAAAAGAGGGCAGGACGCUGGUGGGUCGAGACGAGGCUUCAUCCAAUCCGGAUAUAGUGCUCCAUGGUGCUGGUCUGCUGGAGGAACACUGUGUGUUUGAGAACCGUGAUGGAGUUGUUACUCUGAUCCCCCAGACGGGGGCGCUGUGCUCUGUCAACAGACUGGAGACGACCCAGCCCUGUCAGCUGACACAGGGUGCAGUAAUCCAGCUAGGGAGAGGGACUAUAUUCCGUUUCAACCAUCCUAAAGAAGCUGCACAUCUCAGAGAGCAACGCAAGAGUGACCUUCUCUCCAGCCUUUCCUUGACCGACUUCUCCAGGCUUUUCCAUUCUGGGAUGGAUGUGUUCGCUGUAGCAGGAGAGAAUGGAGACUGUAGACAACAGAGGAGCUCUGUGCUCUCUCAACUACAAACCUGUACGGUUAUGACAGAGACCAUGUCUAUGGAGGCUCCUGUCUCUGUCUCUCGUCAUCCUUCAGCGUGUUAUGCUGUACCUCUUCAGAUUGGAGCCGGAGCCCCUCAGCAUCUUCAGGCCGUCUCCUCUCUGCAUGCUGGGGUAAACAGGUGGAGCUUCGGUGCAGCUGAGGGCCGUGAACGGCCCUGCAGUAGUGCUAAUGAAGAGAGCCAGAGGAGGGCCAGGGCCUCCCCAGUCCACCGGACAGGGACUCCUACUCUCACUCCCACUGCCUUGGAACAGGAUAGCCUGCAGCAGGGAUUGGAAGGAGAGGUGGAAGAGUGGGACUCGUGUCAUCAAUCAGGGUCUGGGGUGGGAGUGUCUGAUAGGUGGCUGGAGAGAGCUCUGCGUAGAGCGAGGGAAGAGGGAGGACUCUAUUGGGGUGAGGAGGCCUGGUCUGGACCUGGGGACAGAGACGAGGAAAGGAACCGAGCCCUCCAGCAGACACCUGUCCUCCUGGUCCAGCAGGCUGAUGUAUAUACCGUUGGGCCGGAGGGGCUACCGGGGCCUGCUAACAAGAGCCCAGGUGUCCUGUCAGGCCUACCUGAUGGCUGCAGGGUCCUGGGAGGGGUCCUGGCAACUGACUGCUCCAGAGGGGACCUGUCCAGUGCCGGAGCCCGCUACGGUGGCCCUGCAGGGACCUCAUUAGGCACUGCUGUAUCCUAUCUGCAGAGAGGAGACGGAGGAGGAAUAGACGGGUGGACGGAGGAACGAACGGACCGUGCCCACCUCCCACAGGCCAGCAGCAGCUCAACAUACACACAGACCUCUCCCUCUCGGUUUGACACACACACCCCCUCUAUGUCUCAGCUCGACAAUCACAGCCAGGCAACACACACUGCCACUCGGCAGGACAGACACAGACGUAGCCAGGCGGUACGCGGCCUACCGCUAGAGGCUUUGGAGGGCCAGUUCAGUCGUGUCAUGAUGGAUCGAUCCAGAAUGACGGUGGAGGGCCACAGGGAGAACGACAAGGAGGGGGAGGCUGGGGCUAGGAGGGAAGAGGUGGAGCAGAGCUUCAGGCUGGGCGCUCUGGUCAGCAGGGUGUUUAGGGAGGAGGAGAAGCAGUUCUCUGUCUCUGGACUAAGUGCUCUGGUUAGAAGGGUAUGCCAGAUCUCUGGGAUUGGAGGGGAGCAGGAGCUAGACUCUCUGGGGGAAGAGGUCUCUGGGAUGGGUUCUCUGGUCAGCAGGGGGCUCUCCUGGAUGUUUCCGGACACAGGCAGUCUCCGCAGCUCCACCCCCAGGAUCCUGCAGCAGGUCUGGGAAGGUACAGGAGUUCUGCAUCCUGGAGCUGGGGGAGGAGCCAGCUCCAACUGGUCCAGUCAGGUUGUGAGGGAAAGUCAGGUGCUGUCGGUGGUCAAAGAUAGCCAGGUCUUCUCAUUGGUCAGAGAGAGUCGCAUGUACUCCCUGGUCCGAGACAGUCAGGUGUUCUCUAUGGUCAGUGAGCUGCCGUUUGUGCAUCACAUCAGCACAGAGCUAACUCAAGACUUCAGGAUCAUUCACAAUGAGCUCACUCAGGUUCUUCAGCCAGUGGAGUCAACUGGACUCCAGCAGAAAGCUAUUGACCUCAACACAACACCAGAAAUAAAACUGCCCCUAGUCCACAACACUGUCCUCAGCACAGUACCAAGCCUGUACCCAGCCCACAACACCAUAGAAUUUGCAAAUAAACAGAGCACAGGUAAAGAAGUGGAUUGGAGAGCAGAGGACCAGAGUCCCAUCAGUGAACUGGCUUGUACAUCAGACCACGAGGGUGGAGAGGAAGCUCUAGCCAAGUCAGAAGAACCAAGUCCCAUCAGAGAAUUGGAGUGUACAUUGGAGCAGGAGGGCAAAGAGGAAGCUCUAGCUAAGUCGGAGGAACAGAGUCCCAUCACAGAACUGGAGUGUACUUCAGAGAACAAGGGUGGAGAUGAAGCUCCCGCUAAGUCAGAAGAACCAAGUCACAUCAGAGAAGUGGAUUGUACAUCAGAGAACGCGGGUGGAAAUGAAGUUUUAAGGAAGUCGGAGGAACAGUGUCCCAUCAGAGAACUGGGGUGUACAUCAGAGCAGGAGGUCAGAGAGGUGGCUCUACCUAAGUCAGAAGAACCAAGUUCCAUCAGAGAACUGGGGUGUACAUCAGAGCAGGAGGUCAGAGAGGUGGCUCUAAUUAAGUCAGAAGAACCAAGUUCCAUCAGAGAACUGGGGUGUACAUCAGAGCAGGAGGUCAGAGAGGUGGCUCUACCUAAGUCAGAAGAACCAAGUCCCAUCAGAGAAGUGGAGUGUACAUCGGAGCAGGAGGGCAAAAAGGAAGCUCUAGCCAAGUCAGAAGAACCAAGUCCCAUCACAGAACUGGAGUGUACUUCAGAGAACGAGGGUGGAGAGGAAGCUCUAGCUAAGUCAGAGGAACAGAGUAUAACCAAGGAGGCGCUGUGGCCAUCAAAGGACCAGAUCGAGAUCGUGGAGGACCAACAUUGUGUCACUUGUGGAGCCAAGAGCACCAAGUCACAGCCCCCUCCAGAGCAGCGUAACAACACCAGUUCCACAGGCCCAGAGAAUAUCUUUAUUCCUGGGCAUGGGAAUCAGAGGAUUGAUGAUGUUCAGGUGUAUUAUGGGAGCCUGGUGGAGUUCCCAGGGGCUCUGGUUAAACUCCAGUCCCUUCCCGUAUCCACCCUCCUGGGCUGUCUCCAGUCCGUCCUCCCCUCCGUCUUCACCUCACAGAGACUACUGGCUCUCUACUGGCUGGGCGUGACUAACUGCAGCCAGCCCCACCCACACCUCGCCCUUGUUCUCCUAUUGGAGUCCUGCCUCUACGCCCUGACCUUUGACCCUGACACGCCAGAUCAGACCACGUCUCUGACAGUGUUCCACCACCUCCCCCUGCUACAGGUUAAGGAGAUCCUGGUGGGUUUUGGCGGUCAGAGCCUGCGUCUCAAGGCUUCCAGUGAGGAGUGUGUCCUCACCCUCUACACCCACAGCCAGACCCUCACCCAGGCCCUCACCCACACCCUGCUUGGGGUACUCUGUCCUGGGGACCAGCGAGUGUCCCAACACCCCCUCCUGGUGGAGAACCUGAUGGUUCUGUCUCUGGACUGGAAGGCCGAGGCACCUGACCUGCUGUUGAAUGAUGAACUCAGGCUGUCUGGCCAGUUCCACAAGACCCUAGCUGACCUGGUCUACCUCGUCCAUGGCAACAUGAACCGAGAGAAGCCUCAUCUGGGAGAGGUUAGACUGCUGCUUUACACCAGCGUUGGUGUGACAACGACCCCUAACCCCAGACCUGACCCCUGGGCCCAGCUCCUCCUCACAGACACACACCUGGGACUGGUGCAGGAGGAUACAGUGUUCCACCCCGCCCCCCACCACGUCCCCCUGCUGUCCCGCCAUGCCCAGUUCAAGGGGGUGACCCUCCGUUGCCUCUCCGACGUCCGCUGUGUGAUAGUCCGAGACGGGGUUGGGAGCUCGACCAGUGUGGGUGGAGAUGGAGCCGGGGAUGAAGGUGGGGCAACCAGGCUGGACAUCAUCCUGUCUCAGGACUGGAGGACCAGGAGAGAGAGGCCUAGAGGUCACCCUGAAAGAGGUGCUGUUGCUGAAGCUGAUGGAAGUGCGGUAGGGGGGGUAGCUGGAGCUAGUGUCCUGUCUGCUGCCUCUAAUUCAUGUCCUCCGCAGCAGCAGGCUGAAGUAUGGAAAUUACAUUUCAGCUGCUCCUCCGAGGCCGCCUGUCUGAUUAAUCACUUGUCAAACGUCUGAAUGGUCACUGAUCAAGGACUAGAGGACUGGACAGAACAUAAUGAACUACAGAACAGGUACCAGUUCUGUCCGGUCCUAACUCUCAUCGAGAGGACGGCAAGGUGUGUGUUUGCUCACUGAGUGGCAGUCAAGGGUCCAAUGUAUCUCAAACAAACAAUGGAGAAUAUCGCUACCAUUAAGCUCUUUAGGGCCAGUUUCCCGAACACAGACUAAGCCUAGUCAUGGACUUAACAGCAGGCUCAAAAGACAACCUCCUUAUUCCUUAUAGUCCAGGGAACAGGCCCAUAGAGUAUAGUAAUACAUUGAUGAUGUGUUUAAGUUUUGGUGAAUGUUUCCAUGCACAUAGUUCUAGGCAAUUUCUAAAUCAAAUGUUCCACUUUCACGUUCAUUUAAAGAGACUCCGGGACAUGACGUCGUAGUGGUUCUUAGUGGGUCAAUUUCCGCAAAAACUAAGAGCAUUGAAGCGCGAGGCUCAACUUCUCCGCUGUCUUGGUGCCCUAGCUACCAGCGAACACAUGCGCAUGAGCAGAUAUUGUGUGUGACUGAGAGCGAAGUCCUGAAUCUCGCUCAUCUCAAUAUUUGCGGAGCUGCUUGUGGCCACAUCAUUUCGCAGUCUACCUUUUUAAGUCUUUCUGAAAUGCACUAUAUUUGUUUCUCUUCUGUUCAAGGCUGUGUGUUAUUGUUAGUCUGUUCAUACUGUUUUUGUUCACCUUGUGGAGGGAAUACAGGACACUUGGUUCUACAGAAUGUAAGCCAUUUUAAGGGAAGAUGUGAAGGGCACAAAUAAUUGCAGGGUAAGCUUUUUAAGCAUAUUUGAACAUUUGACCACAAAACAGACCAGUGUUAAAUAUUUUUUUUAAAUAGCGUUUUAUGGACAUGUGUAAACGAUGAAUGUAUUUUAUACCAAAUAAAGUCAUGCAAUUGAAAUUAAAUAUAUUUCGAAUAUUUGCCUGUCAUAAUUUAAAAAUACAUGUAUUAAAAUGAUCAGGUUUACAAUGCUGCAGGUGGCAAGGCUGUUU